AUCACCAAAACGCGAGGGGAGGCGCAACUGGCACAGAGCUGCUGGCUCUCUAUAUCGAGCAGCUCAGAGGCGCUCUGACACCAUUCACUCCGGAGUCCUCCACUGGCAAGGACCUGCACAGACUACAGCAAGACAGGCUCUGGAUAGUACAGCACGGACAGCUUUCUCUCUUGUGAUUUCCUGAAGGCAUCUGCUAGAUUGGAUUAUUUUAAUUUAAGAGUCCCUAUACGUACUAUUACAACACUGCGCGUCUUAUUCUUAAUAUUGUCUUGAAGAAAAAAGGAGCAGCUGUUUCGUAUUUGACAUCCCAUUGUGUGGGACUAAAGUUUGAGAAAUUUCUAAAGGUGAAGGACAAGUGCAAUGUGCGCCAGGCUUGUUUCUUGGAAUUCUCUCACUUGUGCUUGAGGAACUAUGCCGAAGGGCAGCACAGUGCGUUUUCAAGAGGAAGCAAUCCAAUGUGAAUUACGAGAAUAAACUCCAAGUCGUCUCAACCCUUUUUUAUUUUUUGAGGCAAGUGCAGCACCGGGCUUGACUGAACCCGCUGAGCUGCUCUGGCAUUCCCGUUUCCCUUCCCGUGGGGAUGGUUGUAGAUCCUCGGGGGCCAGGAGCGACUCUUGGGCUCCUACACAGCACCAGCUUUUUCGCGUUUGGGCUUUAUCUUAAAUUAAAGGGAGAUGAGAACCGCACUGUACUACUUCCUGCUGUGGACGACGUACCUGCUGGCCACCGCUGAGGAAGCGGAGUUUCCCCAGGAGCUGAUAGACCGUCUCUCCCACAGUGAAAUCCACAGCAUCAGCGACCUCCAGCGGCUACUGGAGAUUGACUCCGUAGGUACGGGAAAUGAUGUUAUUGAGGAGCGCAAGCGCCACAAGCACUACAACCACCACAAGAACUUCUCUCAUCACCAUGGUCACUACAGUGACCUAAAGAGCUCCCAGCUGCACAGCCGGCGCAAGAGAAGCAUCGUUGAAGAGGCAGUCCCGGCGGUGUGCAAGACACGAACCGUGAUCUACGAGAUCCCCAGGAGUCAGGUGGAUCCCACGUCUGCCAACUUCUUGAUAUGGCCCCCCUGUGUGGAGGUGAAGCGCUGCACAGGCUGCUGCAACACCAGCAACAUGCGCUGUCACCCGUCCCGCAAGCAUCACCGCACCGUAAAGGUUGCCAAAGUGGAAUACGUAAGAAGAAGACCCAAGCUUAAAGAGGUCUUUGUGCGGUUAGAAGACCACCUGGAGUGUGUCUGCACCUCACAGCAUCACGUAGUAGAGCAUCCGGAUGCAGAACCAGUGGAUGUGAGGUGAGACCAGUCAGAACAAGGCAUUUCAGCAUGGGAGACGCCUAAAACAGAGGAUGCUGCCAAAAGGACACCUGCUCUGUCCUCUCCCUCACUGCCAUGCAACCUUUGUUUAAGAGAACUUCACUUUUCUGUCAAGUCAAGAGACUGAAAAAGACAGCAGAUUAAAAAAAAAACAUAAGUAACAUGCCAAAGGUGCUGUAAAAUCAAUAACCAGUGACAAUGACUGUCUCUGUGGUAUGAUACAUACCCAAGCAACCGAACUGUGUCACUGACUGAGAAGAAAAAAGCAGAUGCCAUGGAGCUGGGGCAAAGCAGAAAGAGGCCAUUGGGAGAGGAUGAAAGGGAUUGUUGCUGAACAUUUUGACAGACUCUGUUCGAAAAAACACACAACAGAAACGACUUUUAAAGAGUUGGUACAUGCUUUCAUGGAAACCCAGCGCCCCGACUCAACAAGUCAACUGCCAUGCCCCCUCUAAAUCCAUCUUUCAUACAAAGGACAAAAGUAAGAAAGUUAUCAAAAUGAUAAUGCAAAGAAAAAAGUAAAAGACAAUUGGAGAGUGUUUAAAUUCCCAGACUCUCUAUGGAGUAUCAAACGCUUUGAGUUAUAGGAUGUUUGCUCUGAUUAAAGAGUAAAUCAUCACAGAGACUCCUACAUGUCAGUGACUUUGCCCAUCUGCUAUGUACAGGAAGAUGCACCGCUACUUACAAGCUAUUUAUAUGUGUGGACGUUUGCUUUUGUCUCUUUCAAUACUAAGGAAAGGACAAAAAAGUAUGUUCUUAUGAUUUUGCAGACAUGCAAGUGUUCUGUGUGGUCUGGUUCUUUGUAUUCAUCAGUAUCGCAUUCUCAGUGUCAUUUUUUUAAAAAGUUGUCUUUCUUGUCAACCAUGUUUCGUAUUAUAUUGCAGUAUAUCUGAUUGAUGUCAAGUCUUGCAUAUGGUUUGGAUAUAUGUGUGCAAGGAGGUGAUGUGAGAGUCAGUACAGGAAGAUGCUUUAUUUUUGUUAUGAAAUAUAUUAUGCAUACUUGUAUCCAUGCAGGAAUCAUGAUUUUUUUUAUUUUGUUGUCGUUAAUUCCUGUUUUUAAUCUAUUAGGGAACAAAUGCAAAACAUGAGCAACUAUAGGAACAGACAAAGAAUAAUUGCUGCAUGCUUAUGCCUGUUUACAUGGGAGCUGUGACAAGGAAAGAGGAAAGAAAGAAGGAAUCAGCUCGUGCAGGGAAACGCUAUAGUUUGUGGUUAAAUAUUGUGGCUUCGGUACAGUCUUGAUAAGCCUUUUUGGACAAGGUGACAUUUCGAACAAACACUCAUAUAUCAGUGACUACACUGCGAACACGUCACCACCCCACAACACGAGAGCAACUGCAGUUGCAUUUAUACCUAAAUAACACAUUUAUAUGGGCUGUUAUGUCUUCAUUAUACAGGAAAAAUAAACACUGCACUUCAAAAACUUUUUUAAAUCCAAAACUUGCCUUUGCAAAUCCAAAUGUUUGUUUGCAAAUUCAAAAGACUUGCAGUUUUGUUUUACAGCCAAAACAUUUAGUCCCUGAUAUUAAACGUUUUUCUAGCCAAUUGGAUGGAUUGCCACAGUAAAGGAAAACAUCAGCAAGUUUUAUUUCUGUAAAGCUAAAUAUUGUGGGGAAGUCUUGGGACAAACAUCCCUGUAUUGGCCAGUGUCGAUCAGACUGAGGAAAAUCUACAUGAACCAGUUCAAACGUAAAAUUCUCCCAUAAAGCCAAGACGGAAUUGACCAAAAUAUGUUGAUUCUGCUCUGUUAUCUCCAUACAAACUCUGGCUGUUGCCAAUCUCAUAUUGUUCGGGCUAUACAAGAAUCAACUCCAAAUGAAGCAGAACGUCACAAAUUUAUUUAACUUGCAAUGGAACACAUUUUGAGUGCAGUGCAUGGUUUUGGAUCUGGAAUUCUUUGAUCUCACGAAUCUCCCCUGUUUUCAUUACCAAGCCAUAUCAUACAGAAAAAAAAGACUUUGUUCGUGCUCAUGAGCCUUCUCUCUUUUAGAGGAGGCUAUUUUUCACCCAUAUCUCUUGCACUGAUAAGGAAGAUGCCUGCCCAGUCUACUUCACAAACAUGUAUGUUCUGCCUGCAAAUAGCAAAGUCCACCUUGAAGAUUGAAUGAGUGAGCAAAGCAAAUCGACAACUGCAUGAAUGGGCUCCUUGUUUAGUCAGGCGGGCUUUACUCCCCUGUUGACAGGAGAACAAAUCACUCCACCCUGUGGAGGGACUCACGCUUUAUGCAGCCACAUACAAUCAGCACAGAUGAUGAUGAGAGCGCCGAGGUGGUCUGAAAACAUUACAGUGAUGACCUUAACCUCGCACCCCAGUGGAACAAACAACUACUUCCUUACCAGUUCCUUAAACAGUGAUGAAUGUGCAAGCAGGGGCGGCCCAGUGUGAAAACACCAGGCGGCUUCCACUCCGUGUUAAAAUAAGGAAGUUUGACUGGGGUUAUUGUUACAGACCAAGGAGAAAGAAUGAGUCACUGUGCAAUGUGAAGUGGUGAAACUGGUGAAAGUCAAGUGAGAAAAGUUGAAUUGAAGCAAGAGUGCGUCAGAGUCUGUUUAUUUGUGGGCAUAACAUCACAUAGCCAUCUGAAGAAACUUAUAUAUCAGUUCUCAGUGAAUCAGGGACAAUGCUGAGAACCAGCUGAGUACAAUACAACACAAUGCCAUUAUCCUAUCAGUUGGUUUUUAUUAGUUCUUCAAGCUUCUUUGGGAUAAAGACAGAAAUAAUC